AGGCGCUCCAGUCUCUCGGCCGCUUUCAUUUUUCUUCCUGGACGGAGAGCCGGGAGCACUCGGGGAAGCAAUACGCAUGCGCGCCGUGUCCGGCCGGCCAGGAACUCACGCCUGGUGCCCCUUGUCGUAGAGCUUCCUCUCUGUGCUCGAGGAUAGAGUGUGACCCCUAUCGGGUUCGAUGUCCCCGGCGCCGAGCUCGGGCCCCCCAGCGUGCUUCGGCCGGUGAUGGUGAGGAACCGAGUGCAGCGGCUGCUGACUGCAAUCAAUAGGAGGAUGAUGAAGCUGCUCAUUGCACUCGCCCUGAUCGCCUAUGUAGCCUGUGAGUGCCAGCUCCUUCCAUUCAUUGCCUCCACCUGCUCACUGACCGCCCCGGGCACCUUCCCUGGCACUGCCACCCUAGCUCUGGCACUGCCACCCAGCAUGCUCCAUCCUUACCAGGGUACCAGGCACUUGCUGCAACUGGGUAUUUAGCCAGCACCACAUCCCCCUAGCCUGGUGGCCCUACCACCCCAUCCUCCCCCCCCCUCAAGCCUGGCAUGGCUCCCCCAUCCCCAGCCAGGCAUGGCAGCCCCUGUAUGAGCAUCCCAUGCCACCCUCUGCCUGUUGUAGUGUUGGUACAGUUGGUGUGCCAGUGUUGUUUAUACUGUGCAGGGUCUGUCUGGCUAUAGACUGUUAAAUGUGGUGGGUAGCCGCUUUCUCACUGUCUGGAUACUCUGGACAGACACCCUCCAGCUGUGCCUGGCACCGCGGCCUCCUGCUUUGGUAGGUGCCAUCAAGGCAUGUGUAUGUGUGUACGCACUUCUUAAGACUUGCGUAAGGAAUUGGGAGUCUAGAAGAGGUUUACGUACCGGAGUGUGUAUUCCUAUAACAGUGAGGGGUGCCGCACGCUCUUUUACUACGUUAGAAUAUGACGUGCUGGAUGGUAGCUGUACAAAGCAUCCUUUUUUCUUCCUCCUGCCAGCUAGUCCUAUGUAACUUGUGUUACUCAGAUGAAUACAGCAGGGUUGAACAAACCCUUAGAAUUUGGAUGUUUGAGAACAGGGAAUUGUUUUGCAAGUUUUCACCUUUUAUUUGUCUUCCUCCUGUUGACAAAUUGUGUUCUAUGACUUGUGGCAUGUCAUAAGCAGAACUACAAGUAUGCAUUUUUUUUUCUUUAACUAAUUUGCCUUAUGGCAAAAUGGAGACUUUGUAAACGCCUACUUUUUAAAAAAAUAUUCUUUUUGUUUGCAUUUGCUGAAGAUAAUGUAAGUCCUGGAAACUUGUUAUUUUACCAAGGGAAAUCAAUAUCCCUAUCAGACAGAUAUUUCUUAAAUAUUACACUAGUGCACUUUAGAUUGUGUGUGUGUGUGUGUGUACUGUAUACAUUAUCUACAGAGUAGUUGCAUAUAUAAAACCAACUUAAAUGUGAUACAAGAGACUGAGGGAAAACACAAUAUUACAUCUAAUGCGGAUCAUUUAUUUAAAAAUAUAUGGUGCUACAUUCAUAGUUUUGCAUACUUAUGCAGCAACCAGGAAGUCGCUGAUAAAUUUUAAGCCAAUCUUUGCUUUCCAAAUAUGAGCUGACAGCAGGGCUUAGCUCAGGAGACCACAUAUGAGUGCUCAGAGCAUACAUACAUAUCAUGGGUCUCAUGAGGUCAUUAUUGCAUAUACUGUUUAGCCACAACAUUAAAACUACCUGCCUAAUAUUGUGUAGGUUCCCCUCAAGCUGCCAAAACCACUCUGAUGUGUCAAGUCAUGGACUCCGCAAGCCCUUUUAACUUUUUCUGUGUUAUCCGGCACCAAGACAAAAGCAGCAGAUCCUUUAAGCAGGUUGCAAGGUGGGGACCCCAUGGAUCAGAAGUGUUAUUCCAGUACAUCCCACAGAUGCUUUAUUGGAUUGAGAUCUGGGGGAUUUGGAUGCCUGGGCAACACCUUGGACUCUGUCAUGUUCCUCAAAUCAUUCCUGAACAAUUUUUGCAUUGUGGCAGGGUGCAUUAGUCUACUGAAAGACCAAUGCCAUAUUGGAACACCAUUGCCAUGAACGGGUAUACAUGAUCUGCAACAAUUUCUAGGCAGGUGGUACGUGUCAAAGUAACAUCCACAUGAAUUCUAGGAUGCAAGGUUUCCCAGCAGAACAUUAUCCAGAGCAUAACACUACCUCCACCGUCCUGCUUUCUUCCCAUAGUGUAUCCUGACGCCAUCUCUUUCCCGGAUAAGCGACACAUAAGCACCCCAGCUAUCCACCUGAUCUAAAUGAAAACGAGAUUCAGACCAGGCAACCUUCUUCCAUGGUUCCAGACACUGACAACCCCAUUAGAGGCACAUUUGGCGGUGGAAAGGGAUCAACAAUGCACUCUGGCCAGUAGGCCUGCACCAAAAUGAAUAUUCUGGGGCAAAACCAAACAUUCCGAACACCCACGUCCGAAAACCGAAAAUUACUUCUUCCCCCCCCCCAAUGAUUUUAAAAUAGUUUUUUCUAUAAUAUUAUUGAAUUAAUAACUGCACAUAUGGAAAGUUUACACUUGUAAUUGGGGAACGUGGCAAACCCAUACCAGGAGGAAGAAGUCCCCAACUAUCUCCCCACAAACAAAACCUAUAUCUAGGCCAAGGCCUGUAGUCGGUAAUUAGGAGGCUGAAGUCAAAGUACUGAAAAGAAUUUGGUGCACCAAAUUAACCAUUUUGCAUAUCUCUUGGAGAUCAUUCAUUAAAUGGCAACCUGAAUUAAACUGAAAACCAGAUUUGCUAAAUUUGCCAAGAUGUGACGAGAGUGGCGUUGGAAAUUUAUCCUGUUCAAAUACUGUUGGGCCUCCCGUUUCUUCCUGUCAUGAAUUACCUCCCCCCUAGCUCCCUCCGAUUGGUCAGAUCCGGAGUGAUACAUUCCGGCUUUAGGAUCGACGGGCGGAGUGGUCUAUUGCAAGCAGCAGGGUGGGAGGGGGGAGAUGGGCCUAGGUUGGGGCUCUUGGGCCUGCCUGGAUUUGUGACUUUUUGUCUCGCCAUGAUGCAGGGGGAGAGCUGUGGAGCAGGAAGCUGAUCGUAGGAUCGGUAAAAAGCCAACGAAGAAGGAAAGACAGUUAGACUUACACCGGUUGUCCUUCCUUGCACCACUUUCGGUAGGUACUAACCACUCCGUGUCGUGUCGACCCCACAAGAAUUGCCGUUUUGGAGAUGCUCUGACCCAGUUGUCUACCUAUCAUUAUUUGGCCCUUGUCAAAGUCACAUACUAAUUUUUCCUGCUUCCAACACAUUAAAUUCAAGAACUGACUGUUCACUUGCAUUCUAAUAUAUCCCACUUCUACACAGGUGCCAUUGUAACAAUAUAAUCAAUGUUGCUCAUUAACCUGUCAGUGGUUUUAAGGUUGUGGCUGAUCAGUGUAUGUGUAUCUGUAAUGUUUAUGACAUUACAUUGUUUUCUUAUGGAAAGCACUUAGUUAAGUGCAGCAGUCGCAUGGGAGAUUAUAUUUCCUUCAUUGGCACUCUCCCAAUGCUAUAUUCCAUGCCAAUGGUUUUUAACAGGCUUAUCUAAUCUUUUUGUUUUUGGAUACAGAAGCUGAAGAGUACAGAAACCCCUAGACAUCUAAUGGAAGUGCAUGGAGAAGAUUGCAUAGUAUAGCUGCUAAACUCCCUUUUAUUUGAGAGAAUGGGAAUGGCAAAUUUAAAUUAUUAAACAUGUUUUUCUGGACAUUUUACUGAUGGGGAAAAAAGUAUUUUCUUGGUCUUCCUUUUCAAGUCAAGUUUUGGGAAAACUCACAGUCUAAAAUGGAUUUGGGAAUACACACUAAAUUUAACAUCAUUAAGUGUCUCAAUCUGAGCAAUUAGUGAUGUGGAAAAAUAUUAAUAGAAUAUUUGUAAUCCUGGUUGCCACCUGUCAUAUUUUGACCCUGUCACAACUUUGUAUGUAAACUCGUCAGCAACCACCCUCAGUAUUAAUCAGUGGUUAGGAGGUGGAGAGCGUAAAAUUGCAUUAGUGUUACCCAAUUCAUGUGGCUACAAUAUGUUAACACACUGACUUCUAUCAAAGAAAAAAGUUAUAAUGAAAACUUAAAAAAGAGAGGGAGGGUACCUACAAACUCUCCUUCAGUUAAUGAAUUUUGUUUUGGGAGAAUGUCACAUGGAAACUGAAUGAGGUCAAGUAGAGAGUUAGACUAGAAAGGUGUGAUAAACUAGACUUUCAAGUAGUAGAUAUGCUAGAUGGAUAUUUAGAACAAGAGUUGGAUAUGUAAUGAUUCAUGCAUUUAUUGUUAGAAAUAAAUGUGUGUGUAUAUUCUAAAAACUGGGGUUUAAACUAAAGUGAGAAUUCGAGUGAAUUCAAAGCUGUACUGGAAACAUAACUGAGUUAGAGAAUUUUUCCAUUUCAGCUAUUGUUUACCUUAAAUUUGACAUUCACUUUAAAUUCUCACUUUAGUGAAUAAAAGUGUGUGUGUCUGUAAACAUUUUCACAGUUACUAAUUGACCAGGACAAUCUGCAUACUUAACUCUGCUGUAGAGGCACACUGGAUCAAAUUAUCUUGCUUUUUUUUUUUUUUUUCAGACUAUGGGGUUAUUUACUUAUUUUUUUUCUGCUUUCUAUUACAUAUACUCUCCAAGCUCCCUAACCACUGCAACUUGUCGUAGUGAUAAUGGCACCCACCCACAAUUGUCAUGCUAUUUUUUUUUUUUUAAUGGUUUGACCUAUUACUUGUGGUCCCUUGGGUGCCUCUCUACUACUAAUGCUGGGGUGCUGGAAAGUUCCUUUGCAAGAACUUCAUUAGCUCUCCUGAGCUAAUCCCUACAGUUAGCUGAUUGCUCUUCACAAGAGCGCUCUAGCCCUGCCCUGCUAAGAGAAUUCUAAAUUUGGAGUUGACUUUGGAGGCAUGGACCCCUUGUAAGAAGUCAAACUGUUCAAAAACACUAUUUACAAUGCCAAUGAACUCCCAACACCAUAAACACUACAGCAAGCUGUACAUGUUGUAUGGUGCUUGCAGUGUUCCAUUCCAAGAAGCAAGAGAUUGAAGACGACAUGUUUAGCAUUUGUCAAAUGCUGAGCUAGUAGUGAUCACUCCUUUACAUUCAACUAAAAUACGUAAUGUCCCCAAAUUGUCAAGCUGACAUGCCCUGUUAGUGUAUAAUGCAUAAACAGGUCAUGCAUGGUUCAUUACCUGUAGUUGACACCAUAAUAUUUCUUCAGAAGUGUGAACAUGGAAUUCUAGUGUUUAUUCAAAGGUUUUGUGAUGAAAUAUAUUGUUUUAUAUCUUGGAGACAGUGGGGAUUAGUAGUAAAUACCAUGCUAAAGUAAAGAAACUAUUUAAAGAAUGUGUGCUUUUUAAAUUAUGUCACACUUGCACAUUAUUCCUAUUGUUGCUUCAGAAUGUGUACAAUGUAUAACUGGCAGUGGGCUGCCAUUUUUAUGACGUCUUCUUAUUAUUGCCAUUUAUAUAGCACUAACAGAUUCCGUAGGGCUUUAAAAUAUUAUGACGGGAGAUUUAACUAUAACUAGGACGAUUCCCCCAAAAAACAGGAACGAUAGGUUGAAGACGACCCUGCUCAAACGAACUUACAGUCUAAAAAAUAUCAGUGCAUUGUAUAGCUGCAAAAUGUAGAUUUAUUUGGAUUAGAUGAAAACACCAAUCAGCCAAUUAGUAGAAGAAAUUUGAUCUGAAAUCACAAAUGUGUUCUGUCUUUUCUUGUAACUUUGCUCACUUGCUGUUUUGUAACAGUUUAAGGAUUUUUGGACUUUUCCUUUAAAUGUACCGGGUGCUUCUGGGAUUUUUGUGUGUUGAUAUCGCAGAGGCAGAAAGGAUGUUUGAAUAAUAUACAAAGUUCUCCCUCUGUGCUGCUAUCUUCAGCUCAUUGCAGAUGAUUGCUCUAUCCUGUACAGAGCGUACAAACAAACCUCUGAUGGGUGGAAGAGCACAUAGGCUUCUCUACAGAUGUUAUAACACCAUAGGUAUAGAUUGCUCGUGAGGUUGUCUUUUCCCAUCAGAGGUUAAGGAAAAGGCAUAGCAAGUUGGUCAUAAAUACAUUUUUGAAGUUGUAUUAAAAUUAGGAAGUUCUCCAUCAGGUUUAUAUGCGCAGUUUAUUGUAACUCAUAUAAACGUGCACUUUUUUUUUUAGACGUGCCCAGUUGUGUUUUUACAGAAGGCUACUUUUGCAUCUUACACUGUCUAGUUUUCAAUGCUACAAUGCUGUGCAUUUGCAAAUGACAAGGCCACUUUAUCAAUUAUUUUGAGGUCAAGCUAACAAUUUAAUUUUAACAAUUUUGUAUCUCUAGAACAGCAUUGAAAUAUAAAUACCAUGAAAUGUUUUUGUUUUCUUUACUUCAUAAAUUAUUUUGCUAACAGAGAUCAGUAUUAUUUAUUUAUUUUUUUUCUCUCAUUCUUGUGUCCAUUUUGAUAAUAGUAUAUAAUCUCAGAAUUAAAUGUGCUACUCCAAAGACAAAAUCUCCUUUUGGGAGAAACAAAACUGACUUGGAAAUGAUUGUGUCUGAUCAGAGCUCAGCUUCAUGUUGUGUUUGUCUCAUCAGCUGUAACACUGUCUUGCUGUCAUUGUCUGCCUGCUGCUAUAGAAAUCAUCUCUCCACUGGCCACCCUGUUUAUUGUAUUAUUAUUUUCAUUUUUAAUUUCCCUGGAAUUUUAGCUUAAUUUGAAUACAAAUUUAAUACAUAAGAUGCACCUCAGACAUUCUGUUUUCUCUCUAGCUCCUUUUUUUUUUUAGUGGCUACUAUUUCACUAUGGGAAGCCACAAUUUGUUUUGAUUGAGUCAUUUCAUAAAGGGUUACUCCAACCACCUUGACCACUUCAUCGAUUAGAUGUGAUAAUGGUGGUAGGUGUUAUAUAUGUGCAGUAUUUCAUCUUAAAACCACUCAUCACAUGAAGUAAUCUGCACAUUUGUUCUGCGGGCUGGUUACACUGCCGGGCUACCUAAUGUCUAUUCUGUGCAUAUUUUACACCUGCCAUCAGCUUGCUGACAAUAGACAUAAUAAUCUUGCAAGGGAAAGUUUGCUCUCUCUCCUCUCUCCCCGUUCUUUAGUGAAAGCCCUCCUGUUCUUGGGAUGUCUGGGGUAGUGUGGAAGGCAACUCUGGAAGGAAAGGGAGAGUGUGUGGGAGCAGAAGCGAGGAAGAUGGAGGGAAAAAAAUUUUGGGGGAAAAAACCCUAAGGGAUCUAAGGAUUCCACUUUACCGCCGUAGCUGUGAAGGCCCAGGGGCCAGUGCAGGUGUUUGACCCCAACUUCUAGAUGCCUACCCAUGCUUAUGUGUUUCCUUAAUGUAUUGGUCAUGCUGUUGACAAGUUUAUUAAUAUCAACGUCUAAAUGCUAUUUGAGAACAACCACACUACAGUAAGUAAGCAAUAAAUAUGAUACUGUGUUUUAAUAAUAACCAAUUCAAUUUCAGGCACCUCCUUUAUUUAUUCUUGCGCAAGAUUCCCCUGCCCCCUAUGAUUUAUGAGUCUGAGCAUAUAUCCUUUGGAGAAAUAUGUGCAUAUCCUGCAUCUACUCUGUGCAGGGAAAAACACAAUAAUGCUACGUAGUAGAUUUUCACUCUCGGAGUUGUAUUGCUGAGUUAAAUUUUGUUUACUAUGUUAUUCUUUAAACGGUACAUUUUUGGAAAUGAACCAGAUAAAUGCCUAUUUUAGGCCAAAAUGAUCAAACUGGAAAUUUCUCUAACCUGGCUAUUUUUUCCCUCAGUUUGGCUACUAGGAAAAAAAUUAGCUGUUCUCUUGAUCAUUCUUGUAUUGGUGAAUAUCACUAAUGAUUAUAUGCCUUUAAAUACUGUACAACUCACACUGUUUCUUUGUAAUAAUACAAAGCUUUGUGUAUCCAAUAUGAAUAUUUCCAUAACCUGCACUUAAUUUUUUUUAUUUUUUUCCUUUCUUUUCACCAGCUGUUUGGGGAAACUUUGUCAACAUGAGGUAAGCACAUCACAUGCUAUAUCUUCCUGCAUACUUUUUUCCCAUUUGGACCAUACUUUCCAAGUGCCCCUAUUUUUCUGGGACAGUCUAUCUGUGGGACCCAAACACCCCAUUCUUCUUUCCACUUUUGUAGGAAUUUAGUGUUUCCUGUAAAAGGGUAUCCCAAAGUGCAUCAAUAGAAUUUAAAGGGACACUCCAUACACAUAAAGCUUUAGACUUAUUUUGUCCAUGUUUCUUGUAUUACUUGUCUGUUUAGCUUCCCAAUUGUACGCUGCUGUGGAGUACAAUAUUAUGUGCAAGUUGACAACUCUACUAAUUACCCCCAGCAGCACCACUGCCCAUCAUAAAUCAUGUUUUGCUGUUACCUCAUCACAAGCCAAAUGAUUAUUUUUUUUUUCUAAUAUAAUUUGCUAUGAGAGGCUAAAUGCUUCCGAUCGAUAACUCAAUUUAGCAAUUAGGCAUGUUAAUUUUGCAGUGUCAAACUAAAACAAGUGUAUCUGCACUCAUGCAGCAAAUGGAAGCAGCCUUGAGGUUUUCUAAGGUAGAUUUGGCACCUAUUUAUAAUCUCUUCAGAUGUAUAUCAACUUUCCUGUUAAUGAAGCUGUCUGCAUGUUCUAUCCAACUAUAGAGCUAUUCAUUAAACUAGGGAGGGGUGAGCAUAUACAGAAGGUCUCUUCACAUUUAGCGGUUUAUUUACUAAACUCUAAAUUGUAGUGAAUUACAAUUCAAAACGCACAAAUUCAGAGCCAAUAAUCAUUUGGUAAACAAACUAUUCUACAUUGAUUACUUAGAAAAUAUGGUCUAAUCUUUAUCUACACAAUCUGACUACGUUAAUAACAAAUGGUUGUAUUAAUAUUUUUUUUUUUUAAAUGUAUUGAUUAAAUUCUGUAAUAAUUCACUGUACAUGCUGGAAGAAGUGAAGCAAUUUCUACAAUCUGUGUGGAGUCGGUUGUUUUAAUUUAAAGGUACACUAUAGUCACAAGAACAUCAGCUUAAUGUAAUUGUUCUGGUGAGUAUAAGAAUUCCCUGCAGGCAUUUUUAUGCAAACACUGCUUUUUCAGAGAAAAGGAAGUAUUUACAUUGCCCUCUAGGCACACCUCCAGUGGCCACUCCUCUGAUGGCCACUGGAGGAACUUCCUGCAGUAAGCAGCCCUGCUGUGCAGCGUCCCCACGCUCUGCAUGAAGACGCUUACAUUGAUUCAAUGCAUAUCUAUAAGGAGGUCUUGAUUGGCCAAAACUGCAUUUGGCCCUGCCCCCAUGCCGAUUUUAGCCAAUCUAAAGGUUUUCCUAUGGGAAAGCAUUGGAUUGCCUAAAAAUCAAUCAUGUUGAUGAUGUCACAAAGGGGGCGGAGCCAACACCGGCAGACCUGCAAAAUAAAGUGAGUUUUAAACUUUCAUAGGGGAGCUAAGGGGGGGCAAGCCACCUAAAUGAUGGGUUAAACACUAUAGGGUCAGGAAUACAUGUUUGUGUUCCUGACCCUAUAGUGAUCCUUUAAUGAGUAAGUGCAAUGCAGAAUUCCAGGUAAUUAUUCUUACGACAGUACUUUUUUUACUCUGAACACACUUGGACCUCACAGACAUCAGUUCUUCAAUUGUUCACCACUAAUGUGAUGAACUAAUCAUGAUUUUUUUUUUUUUUUUGCAAUGCGUUAAUUAAUUUGUGCUGCUUUUAAAAUCUGCUAUCUUGAUGUUCAUGUUGAUUUUCUUUCUUUAUUUUUUUAUUUUGUCCUGUGUAAUUUUUGUGCUGAAUUCCAUAUUAUCUUUUAGCAGGUCAAUUCAGGAAACUGGGGAACAAAAAAUGGAAAAGCAAUUAGAAGAGGUUUGUACUUCUCCAAUUUAUUAUGUGAUGGCAAUAUAUAUAUUUCAAUGUAUGAAUGUACAUAUAACUAUAUUACAAUUCUUACUUAAUUUAAAAUAAUUUUUAAUUUUUUACAGUGAUAUUUUAAUGUUUACAAAAAUAAGUAAAAUUAAUGAUCCGUGGAUCAUUCGGUUCUUUUUAUAGAAUUAUUCCAACCUCCAUAACCACUUCAGUUUUUUGGGUUUUUUUUGUGGGAUUUUCUUCUUUUUUAAUAUCAUCUGUUAUUCUGACAAAACAACUAAUCAACUAUUGUGUUUAUGAUUGCCCAUAAAUGUGAGCUUGAUACUAGAUCCCAGGAGGGAUAUUUCCUGAAGACUGAAGUUUCUUUAAAAAUAUUUUUAAAGAGUGGUAUAUGCGUGAAAAAGAGAAGAUAAAAAGAUUAAUAGAUUUUACCACUUUAAUAAUAAAAAGUGAUGAUUACAUAACCUAGAAAUAAAGCCCACAAAAUAAAUGUCCUAGAAUUGCCCUUUUGAUCAGAAGCACUUGUGGCCUUUUCUGUACAUAAUGAUAUUGCUACAGAAAUAAUUUAAUGGAUUAAAAAAUAUGCCAGUGAAUAUUUAGUUAAAUGAAUUCUCGCUUAGGUAUAUGGUUUACAUGGCAAGGGUUGAUGGGCAGACACAUGAGAAGCUGGAUCCUAUGCUUCAGGCUCUAAUCAAUUGGUGUUAGAAAAUAAUGGAACACGGGAACAAAAACUCUGGUUCUUAUGGCAAUAAAGAAUAUUCAUUAAGGAAUUAAAUAUUUAAGAUUUUUAUAUGUAUAUUAGACUUGUUCAGUAAACAAUGUUUCCUUUCUACCAAUCAAAGUGUACAUAUUUUCCCCAUUCUUUUAGUUUAUUGCACCUUUGAGGGAGAAGAUACGAGAUUUAGAAAAAAGGUGAGUAGACAAACAAUCUGAUUGGUUGCAGGAUUUGUAUUCCAUGGUUCUAUUUUAUUAUGUCAAUGAUUCUGUCAGUUAAUUAAAUGUUGUCACCUAGAAUUAUAGGAGUGAAGCUGAAAGACCAUGCACCAAGCAUGUCAAACUCGUGGCCCGUACUGGAUAUCUUUGCAGCCAGUCAGCCACUAGAGGGGUGGGAGGGCAGUGUAUUAGACUAAGCGGCAUUGUAUUAGAUUGGAUGGAGUGAGCAAUGUAUUAGAGUGAAAGGAGGGGGUCAUUUUAUUGGAUUUGGGGGCAAUGUAUUAGAUUGGUUCUGCAUGGAGGAGCUGAACGAUUUCCCUGGAGAUGCUGAUUAGCCACAUAGCUUUUUGCCACACAUGCAGCCUCCCAAUAAUUUCAUAUUAAGUUCUCUGAGAUAAAAUUCCCACUAUUCCAUUCUACAUCUCAGUACCACAUCCAUAUGUUUCUCUGUGUUUUUCAGCCUUCUCUGCUGCCUCUUUAUAAGCUGUUCAGAGAAAAGGCAGCAUUUACAUUGCUCUCUAGGGACACCUCCAGUGGCCACUCCUCAAAUGGCUACUAUAGGUGCUUCCUGGUGCAGUGCUGCCCUGAAGUUCAGCAUCUCCAUGCAUUGCAUGGAGGCGCUGAACUUUCCUCAUAGAGAUGCAUUGGCAUUUCCCCAUAAAAAUGCAGACUGGCAUUUUGCCCAGCCUCCUUGACGAUCUCAGCCAAUCAAAUGCUUUUCCUAUGGGAAAGCAUUGGAUUUGCUGAGAUCAUCAAUUCUGAUUACGUCAGCCAAGGAGGUGGGAGGGGGUGCUAGAAAUAAGGCAAGUUUUCUUACCUUUUAAGGGGGUAUGAAGGGACAAGCCACCUAGAUGUGCAGGGGUUUUAUUUGGCAGGGGGGGAGGGAAGGUAAGUUUAACACUAAAUAUGUGUUUGUGUUCCUGACCCUAUAGUGUUCAUUUAACUUACAUUCUGUAAGUAACCUUUUCUGGUCCUUUUUGUUGGUCCCCUUUUUCUCUUUAUUCCAUUUUCUGUUUCCACAUAAGUCCUUUCUUGCCCUAUCGUCUCCAUAUUUGUAGAAAGUGGACUCAUCCUGUUAUUUCAUAUCUUCCUAAUACUUGAAUAUCUACCUCCCCUCUCACUAGCAACAGUUUGAUGACAUUUAACUUUAAAUGUCUUAGUACAACAAGUUUCAUUGCGCCACCAGGAUUGGUCGCUACUCUGUAGGCAGACACUGUCACCUAGGAAUUCACUGAUUCCCAGACUUGGAAUCUGUACCACAAUUCACUGCUCAGUGCAUUGUGUGUAUCAUCUUAACAAAAAGUGUAAAUGUACAAGGCAUAUUUUCCAAAUUGUAUGUAUAGUGAAAUGUCUUAACCUGUUCAUGACAAGGGUUAAACAAAUCCUGUUUGACAGUUCUGGCAUAUUAUCUGUCACAAAUGGAUUAAGUGUGAUAUACAUGUCCACAUGUAAAAUUGGUGAUUUUCUUUUUUUUUUUAUAUAUAAAUGCUUUUUAUGGUGUUUUCUCGCAGCUUUCUGUAUCAGUCACCCAGCAUGAGUGUUUAUUUUUUAUUUAUGUUGCUUCAGAGGGUGUUUGGGUUCAGGAUGUCUGAGGAUUGGAAAUGUGAGAGAUGAUGAUGUUUGACCUUCCCUUGUGUGGGCCCCUGAAGCUGUAAAGGUGUCAGUUUACUACUGUGCUGGACAUUGAACAUUUCACCAUAGGAAAAUUACAUAUCCAUUUAAGAAACUAUAACUCUAUGAUAGUUUAGAACAGUUUUGGUUUUCAUUUGUAAACCUUUUUUUAAUGCACUAUAUAGAUAAUGUAUUAAAAGUAUUGGGGGGGGGGGGGAAUAUAAAAUACUAUGUACCUUGAAAGUGCCCAUUGGUCCUCUGCUUGUUGGGUUGCCCUUCAGGCAAAAUUUUCCCACACUAAAAUAAGAUCCUCCAAUUACUAACCUAUCUUUCUGAUCAGUGGGGUCUGAUAUUAUCCCGUAAUUCUAUGUCCACAAGGUGUUUGAGAUGAGUAUUCGAUCAAGAUAUCAUAUAACCAUGCUUCUCAAUAGUCCCGCUUUAGUCAGGGCAGGCCCCAUUUAUGGGGUCCUAUCACACUUUAGGGAACGGUCCCCGGGGCAGCACAGCAUUUGUGUGUAAUUAGACGCGUUUGCGCUAUAAGUGGGCACUUGGACCAUGCAGGGAGUACUUCAGCAACGCUCCCUGCAUGAUCCUGAAGGCUGGGUUAGUCAAAGAGCCUGUCAAUGGGUGACCUGCCUGCCCCUUUUCCAGACUGGCAUGUCUAGUAAGACGGUUCAUGUCACUAUUCCUGCCUCCUCCAGUGAAGAUUGCUGGGAGGUAUGUAUAAGUGCUCUAUACACUACCAGCCAUACCAAGGCUGGUAUCAAUACAUAAGCCGCUUGUUCACUGUUUAGUGAACUGGACUGUGUUUUACUAUCCGGAAAGCCAUGAAUCAUGCAUUAGCAUUCUGUACUUUGUUGUGCAUGCCACAUGCACAAUAGGGACACUAAUAAUGUGUUCCUUACUCCCUGAUUGACCGCCUAAUGGGCUGUCUUAUAGAAGGAAUCACUGCUGCAAUAACUCACUCUCACAAAUGAGAAUGGACUCUGGGUACAAAAUACUUAUGGAACUUUGAUUUUAAUUGAUUUCCUGUUAAAAGCUGGGAAUACAAACGUAUUUCUAAAGCUAAUGUUACAUUAACUACUUCGAUAUUAAACUCCUGUAAUGAUAACCUAAGCCACCACUCCUCCUGCAUUAUAGGUGAUGAUCAAAUGCUUCCCCAUAAAGAAAUGAUUAGGGGUUAGAGCGCAUGUGUCGCAGUCGCUGCACUAAUCUGCAUCUCCUCAUAAAGAUUUAUUGUCCUAGUGCAUCUCUAUGAGGAAAGAUGCAUGUAUCUAUUGAGAUUGUAAAGAUACUGAACGUCACUCCAACUACAAAACCCCUGCUAGUGGCUAUCAGAGUGAUAGCCACUAAAGGAUGCAUUAGACAUGAAUGCAAUGUUAUUGGGGUUCUGGUGCCUUGAGAGUCCCUUUUUUAAGCACUUAUUAAUUACUUUAGUGUAUAGGAAGUCACUGGCUUAGAGCAUCAGCUAACAACUCUCAGCCAGUCAGCGACGCUUUUGCCCUGCCGUACUCGGCGCUUCUUAGAAGUGAAAAUUCAGAAGCCGGAUACUGUCUGGGGAGGAGUGGGACCUGAGCUGGAGGCAACUUAGGGGUUAAAGUGAGUUCUUACUUAAAAUGUAACACUGUCUUCUUAUUUUAGUAUGUAGCACCUUACAGUAGUCUGAGCGAACACAAUGCUUGAGAAAUCAAGAUAAUCCUUUAUUUCUUUAUCUCAAGAUUACUAGAAAAAUUACAUGAAACCAUUGUAAAUUACAAAUGAGAUUCAGUUAAAGAACUAAAAUUAAAUAUAAUGUCCCCAUUUCAAAUGUAAUUAUAUUGCAAUGUCUGAUUAACAUAAAGCACAGGUUAAGAGCUUUGAAUUAGACCUUGUGGAAUGUAACGCAACAAUGUACCACCUGGAAAAUUCCUGUAGGACAAUUUUCCUGCUCUAGCUUUUACUCAGUUGACGGCAUAGAGAACUGUGACAUCAGCGAACCCUUUGGGCAACAGUGAUUAUCCAAGUUAGGGGACAGAUCAUAUAUUUAUAUCCAUUUUCAUAAAACUUAGACCUAGGCAGAGGCCUACCCAGUGAUCAGUGGAUAUGUCUUUUCAAGAUGACCUCCAAACAAAUAAUCUAUACUCCUCCUUUUUUUAUGAAGAAGGUUUUGGGUCAAAGUUUUCUCGGUCUGAAGUGCUAUUUUCCACCUGGAUCCCCCCUCUCUCCUCAACAAAAAAGAAAAGAACUAAAAUUUGGAGAUGUUGCAAAUUGGACUCUACGCUUAGGUGGUUGUAUAGUAUUGAGAUUAGCCCUCUGGGGUGUUUCUCCUGGAAACACAUUUUCUCAAACCACUUGAGCUGUCGGGAAGCUGUUUCUUUGACUUCUUUUGUGGCAGUGAAGUCGCGUAACAAUGUAUCGGAAAUGAUCCCUAGUGGUCAGGUGUGAGAGCCUUUGCAGUAUCUCGUAAGUGACUAUUUGGUUGUCUUACAUAUAGGUGUGUGUAUCGUUGAAGACCUGAGUUUUCUGUUCCUUUAAAGUCUCUAGCUUUGAUCCCGGGAAGAAAUUCCCUAUUACUGUAGACUGGUGUCAUUGGGGAAGGGGAUCUGCUAAGUGCGCAUUUACUUGCGAUCUGGUCCCAUAUCUGUAUGGAGUUGAGUAUCACGGGACAGGCGGUCCUCAGGAACAUCCUACAAGUCUUCGGGAGCCAAAUAAAGUAAGGACUCUGGUGGUGAGUGCCAAUAUGCUAUUUGUGCAACUUGGGCAGCAAGGUAGUAUACAUAUAAACCAGUCUAUGGGCACAGGCAGGGUCUGGAAUAGAAACAACAGUCUGGGAAGAACAUUCAUUUUGACUGAGUGCAGUCUCCCCAUCCAAGAUAUGGGUUUGUCCGUCAAUUGCUCCAGGUCCCUGAUGAGGGCUUGGAACAUACAUGGGUAGUUCAAGUCGUAUAGUCGUGAGUGGUGCGCCACGAGUCCGAUGCCUAGGUAGAGUAUGCUUUCUGUUGUAAUGGGUUGGCUGUAUGUGUCAUGUAUCAGUGCCAUGUCCGGGGCUCCAAGAUGAAACGGCAUAGCCAUUGAUUUCAUCAGGUUGACUUUAUAUCCCGAUAUGAUGCCGUAUCUAUCUAAUAGGCCCAUCAGGUGGCCCAAUGAAGUCAGCGGGUCUGACAGUGUAAGCAAGGCAUAGUCCGCGUAUGCUGAGACCGUAAAUUGUCUCCCGGCCACUGUGACUCCCAGAAUGUGCGGGUGUUGUCGGAUCACUUGCAGCAGAGGUUCCAGUGAAAGAGCAAACUACAACGAAUAGGAGAGAUGGGGCAGCCCUCUCUUGUCCCUUUGUGUAGUGUGAAGGGGACUCUAUUAGCCCCUGUGAUCAGUGUCUGAGCCCUGAGGUUGGAGUAUAUCGCCCGGAUCGCAACGACAUAGGGCUCCGGGAAGCCCCAGGCCCGCAGAAGGCCAAACAGGUACGGCCACCGGACCCUGUCAAAGGCCUUCUCCGCGUCUAGCGACAGGGCCAUAGAAGGUCUCCCGGAGCUCUGCAUGUGCCAGGUCAGAACCGCACCUCUUUGGGUGUUCUCGUAUAGCUGUCUGCCAGGCAUGAAGCCCAUCUGGUCCGGAUGGACCGAGUGGGUAAGGAGCGGGGUGAGCCUAGUCGCAAGGAGUUUCGCAUAGAUCUUUAAGUCAGAGUUUAUUAAAGAAAUGGAUCGGUAGUUAGCCGCCUGGUCAUGUGUUAGGUUAGCUAGUGCCAUAUCGGCGUCCGGGAUUCCGCCCUCCAUAAAGUGGUUAUAGAGGGAUGUGAGCUGGGAGGCCAAUUCCUCCUUAAAUUUCUUGUAGUACCCCACGUCGUACCUGUCUGGUCCCGGGGACUUGUUCCCAUUGAGAUCUCCACCUCUUCCCGAGAGAUAGGCGCACGCAAAGCAUCUGCCUCCUCUCCCGUCACCCUUGGUAGAGUUAUGACCGUCAUGAAGGACUGAAAGUCCGUCUGUUCCCGUUCAGGGGGAGCGCUGUUCUUGACGGCAGUGUCCAUACAUUUCCGAGUAAAACUGAGUGAACACCUUAUUUGAUUUUUUUUUUUUUUUUUUUCUGGUGUGGACUAUACUACCCGCCUGUGUGCGAAUUUUAUGAAUGGGCUUGAAAUCUCCUCUGGGGCGUAAGGUCCUGGCUAGUAGUGAGUCCAUUUUGUUGGACUUCUCGUAGAACAGGCACCUGGACCACUGGACCGAGCGUACUAUGCCUUCCAGAGAAAGUUCCCUAAUCGAGUGCCGCAAGGCGUUCAGUUCUGUCAGUCUUUGUUCUGCUGUUCCGCCUUCCGUAGCGUUGCUUGCAGCUCUAAGAGCUGCUGCGUGGUGUAUAUUUUCUUGUGGGUCGCCACUUUGAUGAAGUAGAACCUUAGGAUGCUUUUAUGGGCUGCCCAGACUGCUACUGGGUUCACCUCUUGGGAGAUGUUUUGUGUGAAAUAGUCUUUGAUGACCGUGCCCGGUUUGGCAUAUGUCGUCGUUCUGAAGCAGGCUCGUGUUGAGUCUCCACGUCCAGUUGGAGGAAUAUUUAAGUCCCUCCAGGGUGAUAGCUAUGUCAGCAUGGUCUGACCAUAUGAUAUUCCCUAUCGCAGCGUGUGUGAGUUUCGCCAUCUCUGCCCCAUUGAGUAGGAAAUUAUUGAUUCUUGAGAAGGUGCCGUGAGGUGCUGAGUAAAUUGUAAAGUCGAGAGUGUAUGAGUUGCCAUGCAUCUAGCAGUCGUGUAUUUCUCAGGAAUGUGUGGAGUAGUUUGUCCUGUGCUCCCCUCCCCGGGACCUCACGGCCCCCGGUUUUGUGCUCCUGUCUGCUGCCGGACAGGGCACUGCAUUGAAGUCACCUCCCACUACCGUCACCCCACUUCCGUCAGAGCUGACCAGUGUGGUCAAAGUGUCCCAGGAUAAUGCAUCAGGGUCAUUGGGUGCAUAUGUGUUGAUGAUGCCAUCACGAGAAAGGGACGUUUGUGGAUGAGCACCGCUACUCCCACUCGCCUGCGCAGGUCCCUGGCUUCAUGUACCGUGGGGUACUGUCUGUUGUGUCAUUUUAUCUGUUGGCCUAGGGAGGUGUGUCUCCUGAAUCAGGGCGAUAUCUGCUUUGCUAGAUUUGAGCUCUCUCCACAGCAGUCUGCGUUUUGUGGGGGAGUUCAGCCCCUUUACAUUAAGGGAUAUAAUCUUUAAAGCCAUCUGUGUGUGGGUGAUGGGCUAUCCCUAGCAUGUGAGAUGUCCAGAGGGCGUUUACAUGCAUAGCUUGCUUCCAAGUCCUCCCUGGUGCCCCUCACCACUUCUGAUUCCUCGGUUCCUCCUCGCCAUGGAUCACCAGCAACCAUUGAAAAGAACAUAACAUGAAAAUUAAACAAUAACUGUAACAACAUAUACUUCUCAAUCCUCCAAUUAAGUCUGGCCUUACAAUUUGCCAGAGCAGCCCGGGGUGCUAGCCCCCUCCUUCCGGAACUACCAAAGUUCCGACAAAAGAAGGAGGCUCCCAGCCCCUAUCCGCUGUGCCACAAAAUGCAAGACCCUUACUUUUUCAGUGCGUUACAUACACACGCUGGCCAUUGGGGUUAUGCGUGCUUGCGGAUGGAGUCCCUGUGUAUCGGGUCUUUCCCCCUCUUGAGGGCCCGGGUUCUGCCAAUAAGCCUGUCCCCGUAAGCCUCUGUGGCAGGUUAUGAUGCCCUCGCUCUCCCCGUAAGCCCUCUGGAUUUCUCAGUCUAGGUGUCUUAGGGGGCUGUGUGUUGCUCCAAUGUGGGCCCUAUCUGGGCGCUGGGAUGGGCGGCUUCUCUCUGCUCCUUCCGAUACCCCUGGGGUGGUGGUUGGGACGACUCUAGCUAAGGGAGAGGUCACGUGUCCUCUCAUGAAGAGUGCUUGGGUAGUGGGGUCAGCCGCCUACGGCCCCAAGGUUAUGCCAUUCUGUCCGACCAUGGCGGAUGGUGUUUUCUCUCCUCGUCUCCUGGUGGUCCUCGUGAUCCCCACCAUCUGUCUCCCACCAUGUUCCCAUUCAUCUUCCCCGGCCUCCUCCCUCUUACACCCUGUGAGCGCCCCUGUCUGUACACCUAGUAAGGGCGUUAACCGUGUGUGUAGGCCUUGGGGCAUGCAGAUGUUACAUUACCAGUGUCUCUUCCUCGCUCCCCUGCCCAUAAACUCACUAUCUUUUUAAACCAUGGAGUGUGUUCCGUGACCGAUACACUUGAAAGGGACAACUAAAUGCACUCAGACCGUUCAGCUGAUUGAAGUGGUCUGUCCCCCUUAGUCCUACAGGGAUUUUGAGAAACUGCAAUGUUUGCAUUGCAGUGCUAAGACAGCUUUUAGUGGCUGUCUAUCAGAUGCACUUCCAGGAGUUUACCGGACUGUUGGAUCGCAUAACUGAAGCUCUGCAUGAGGACAUUCAGUGUCAGUAAAAUAUCCCAAUAUGCAAGCAUUUAUUCAGUGCUUUCCUAUGGGGAGGGCCUAAUGCACUCAACGCACAUCGGCCCGCCAGUCAGCUGACAUCUGAGGAGGUGAAAAUGAGGGGGUAGGGAGGGGACGACGACAAAAGAGCACUAGCGUUCGGAAUAUAGAUUUGUGUUCCUAAAACUAUAGAAUCCCUUUAAUGGAGUGAAAGGGAAGAAAAUGGGAGUUCUGGUGUGUACUGACUGAUUUCUCAAGGAGGUGUUAAAAAUCAAUGCCUAUUUAUAUCCAAGAUUGCUCUUUGAAAUAACCAAUCAAUACUCUUUCAACAAUAAUGUACAGUCCGUUUAGCAUGAUCACAUCAUCUUUUGCAUCACAUUGACUAAAGCAAAUUGUUUUCUCCGCUGAAGCCAUAUCACCAGUGGGGGCUGGGCUGUGGGUGUCAGUGACCCUCAUUUAGUGUUGAAGUUAGUGUUAAAUUAUUUGAAAACUGUUAAACAUGAAUCUUGGAAUUAUACUGGGAAUUCCAGUCACUAUAACCAUGUCAAAUGAUUAUAGAAGGUAUGUCCCUUUAAGUGAAAACCUGUAGUGUGUAUGCUCCAUUGGUCCUGUUCAUACAUAUAUAGUUUGUUUGCUUGGGUUUUUUUUAAUUGUUUGUUAAACAACCUCACUUGAGUGUUGCUUAUUCUUUCCUAGAAAACCAUGAGGAACCAGGAACUAACUGUAGCCAAUUCCUGAUUCAAGUGUACGUGGCAGGAACUUGUUAACUGUUGGGUUUGCUGCCAGGUGCACUAUCACAGUAAAUAUCUCUAAUUAUUAUGUAUUAUGCUGUUAAUGCUUUAAAAGCGUAGUAAAAUCCUUCGGUCUCCAUUUCAGUCAGAAUCAAGCAGAAUGAUCUAGUCUCGUUGCCUUCUGCAGUGAGAUAUUUGUAUUUACUGUAUACUGAUACACUGUGAACUUUACCAGGAGUGAUACCACCACAGUUUGUGUAGAUACGUUUGUAAUUUAUACCAUUUUAUGGCAGCAAUGUAAAAAAUAUGUUUUUGAUACAGUUCUAAUUGAAUAGGAAAGCCAUGUGCAUUUAUAAAGUAUUAUUUCCUACAUUUGCACUUUACACUAUUGUGGCUGCAUUGGAUGUGUUUUUACUUCUGUUAAUGAAGAAAGCAUAACAUUUAAACUAAAAAAGAUGUAGAAUAUUUUAAUUUUAUUUUUUUCUCACCUUGUAAUUGCAGUUUUACACAAAAAUAUCCACCUGUGAAAUUCUUAUCUGAAAAGGAUCGAAAAAGAAUACUGGUAGGUAUUUUUGCUAUAAACAAAAAAAGUUACAAUCUAUUUAGAGUAUUUUCUACAUUGUAACUGCUUUGUAUAAUUGUUAUAAGACACAGUUGGGUGACUCUAAUAAGCAGGAUAAAUCGAAACAAAAAUCCAAAAAUCUGCAACCUGUGUGCUGGCAAUUCCAUUCAUUUUUUUAAUGUAUUAAUUUAAAAGUUCCAAAGAAUAACAACCUGUUUUCUGUAGAGACCUUGCGUAUAGCUGUACUUACCUAAAAUUCAUGAGUGUGCUGUAUAGUGAACACCUGUGGCACUGUUUUUCCACCAUCGAGACAGCCUGGUAAACACAUUUCUCAAUGUAUGCUCUAUCCCAUUCACUAUAAACCUGGGUAUUAUCUCAAAAUCAGCUCUUUUGUUUUUGACUUUUUGUGAAAGUGCUGCAUAUUUUUUUGAAAGAAAGGUGCAAAAGAGAUGUGCAUUCUCUUGUUGUAAAAUUUGAAAACGGUAUUAGGAUGUUUUGCAUGAUGACACAUCUACUAGGCAACAAGGAUGCAGACAUCACCCACUACACAUGUAUGACAAUGAUAAUAAGCUCAGUGUCUACACUAACAUCCCUAGUCAUGCGGCUGCUCUGUCUUAUACAUUUAUACCGUGAGCACAAUCCAUGCAUUUUUCACACAGAAAACAUUCAUAUUGGGAGCAAAAAUCUAAAUGGUGCUCAAAAUGCGUACAGCACCAAUUUGUGUGACUUUGUCAUAGAUAAGGCAGGGGCAUUGGGGCAUUAAUCCAAAUUGCAUGUAUUUUGCAUGAGUGAGUUACCAUAUAUACUCAAGUAUAAGUCUAGUUUUUCAGCACAUUAUUUGUGCUGAAAAACCCCCACUCGACUUAUACUCGAGUCAGUGUCUGUAUUAUGGCAACUUACAUUGCCAUAAUACAGACCAGGACCGCCAGGCUCACAAGCCCGGCGGUUCUGUUGGGGGCUGGCAGAUAGCUGUUACUUACCUUCCUGCAGCUCCUGUCAGCUCCCUUCUCCUCCACUGUAAGUCUCGCGGUGUGACUGCCGCGCGGAGCUCUGACCCCGCGGCUCUCACGAGACUUACAGUGGAGCUGACCGGGCCAGAGGAGAAGGGAGCUGCAGGAAAGGUAAGUAACAGCUCUCUGCCAGCCCCCCUCUUACACAGCCCAUCCACUGGACCACCAGGGAAUGAGAGCCCCCCUCCCUGGCCAUCUAACAAGCAGGGAGGGGGGACGAAAAUAAAAAUUAAAUAAUAAAAAUAUUAUUACAAUAAAAAAAAUGUAAAUAUUAAAAUUAAAAAAGUGAAUAAUAAAAUAAAAAAAUAAUACUAAAAUAAAAAAUAAUAAAAAUGCCCUCCCCCACCCAGUUCACACACAAACACACACUCAUACAAACACACCCAUUGCAUUGUAUACACACACACACACACACACACACUGCAUUAUAUACACACACACUGCAUUAUAUACACACUCAUACAAACACACACUCUGCAUUAUACACACACUCAUACAAACACACACUCUGCAUUAUAUAUACACACACACACACUCUGCAUUCACACAAACACAGACACUCUGCAUUAUAUAAUGCAGAGUGUGUGUUUGUAUGAGUGUGUCCGUAUAUAAUGCAGAGUGUGUUUGUAUGAGUGUGUGUGUGUAUAAUGCAGAUUGUUUGUAUGAGUGUGUGUGUAUAUAAUGCAGAGUGUGUGUAUGAUUGUGUGUGUGUAUAUAAUGCAGAGUGUGUGUAUGAGUGUGUGUGUGUGUGUAUAAUGCAGAGUGUGUUUGUAUAAGUGUGUGUGUGUGUAUAAUGCAGAGUGUGUGUUUGUAUAAGUGUGUGUGUGUGUGUAUAUAAUGCAGUGUGUGUGUUUGUAUGAGUGUGUGUGUGUAUAUAAUUAUAAAAAUCACAGAAUUUCAUAGCCCCAAGUUUUGCCCUCGACUUAUCCACGAGGCAUAGCAUAUUUCACAAUUGUUGGUCACAAAACUGCACUCGACUUAUACAUGAGAUCGACUUAUACACGAGUAUAUACGGUACUUGCAAGUCUAAAUACCAAGCAAUAUUUGUUACUGCUCAGAAUUUAAAUAGCAUGCAGGACACAUUACAUAAAGAACUGCUCUAAAAGCAGUUCAUUCAUUGAUUCACAAGCUCAUUCACAGUUGACCACUAAAAUAAUGAUUUAGGUUCCAAUAUCCCCAAAUCAAAACCGAAAGGAGGCAUUAAAUUCAAUGCCGUUGAGAAAUCUUGAAAAAUUCUUUAUUAAUGGUAUUGAGUGUCAAUUCAAUUUAUAGAAAAAGUAGGUACUGUAUAAGCUUGCUUUCUAUUGCAUGUAGAUUGUACAGUGGUGUGCUAGUGAUAUGUUGUAAGUAAAACAAUUUUAAAUUUAGAAGGAAAAAAAAAUCUCACUAUUUAUGACUCCAUUAAAUACAUUUUAUAUUGUUAUAAGCAUUUCCUGCUACCUGUUCUAAUGCAGAUAACAGGAGGUGCUGGAUUUGUGGGCUCCCAUCUCACCGACAAGCUUAUGAUGGAUGGUCAUGAGGUCACAGUUGUAGACAACUUCUUUACGGGUCGGAAGAGGAAUGUGGAACACUGGAUUGGGCAUGAGAAUUUUGAGCUGAUUAAUCAUGAUGUCGUUGAGCCACUUUACAUUGAAGGUAUAUUUUUAUAACACACAUUACAGCCUGUUAUACGUAAUGUGCAUGUCAUUUACAUCUUGUCUACAAGUCUUACCUGAGAAGAACUCUGAACUUGUUGGUGCUGGAUUAAAUGCAAUUUUCUUAACUGUUCCAUGUCCGUAGCAAUAAACUUUAGCCUUCCUUUGACUAGAUUGCUUUAAAACUGUUGUGUAAUUACUGUAGCAUUUUUUGUUGUUGAUGCAAUUGCAAUUUCCUUGCUUUCUUAAUGCUUGAGAGGAUUAGAUUUAAUCUCGGAGGAUGAGCUUCAAUGUAGAUAGGAUCAUUGAACUUGCAACGUAAGGAGCAAACUUACCCGUAAAGCUUGCAGUCUAAGAAUAAUCAUCUGUUAGGCCAUGACAUACUUUAUCUGUACAUGAAUCAAACCAGAAAUCUGAACCAUUAGAACAUUUUAUUUAGUUGGUAGAAAAGAGCCUGGAAAAAUGCACUGUUGCAAUGAGUUAUUUUACCAUUUUCUAUGUUUCUGUAUUUUACACCUUGUAGACUAUAACUUUAAAAUAUUUAACCAUGAGUAGUAUUUUUAAAUCUUUUUAUUACAUCUUGUAAAACAUGACUGCUUAUUUAAAUACAACAGAGAUCCUAAUAUUUGGUUCUUCCUUCCCACAGUGGAUCAGAUAUACCACUUGGCAUCUCCUGCAUCUCCUCCAAACUACAUGUAUAAUCCAAUAAAAACGCUUAAAACGAAUACAAUUGGGACGUUGAACAUGUUGGGUGAGUGUUUUCCAUGAAUUGGUGUUGAAAUCUCCUGUUUUCUAAGGCAAAGUUCCAAAGUGGAGCAGUCACCAUAGAAGCCAUUGCAGUGUUCUGGUUGAGUGCUUCACAUUUAUUUGCCCAGAGAUCUCAAUGCCUAUUAAACAGUUGUUCAAGAUUUCUCUAUUUUUUUUAUUUUUAUUUUUUUAUUCUCUUUUGUAUUAUACUGGAUCACAUGUCUGUAUGCAAUUUAGAAACCGCAUAGCAUAGAUUCCAUGCUGCUCCACCCCUAUUCACGGUGAUGUGCCGUGGAGACUACGCUCUUCUGUGUGGGAGAUGCUGCUAAAUGAGUUUGUUUACUUACUGGCCAUCAGUGGCCAGGGUUCCAUACUCAGGCCAACACCACAUUGAACAGAUAUUUUAAGCAAUCCAUUCAACAUACAGAAACAAAGAGGAAAGGCUGUGCUUGUUGUUGCAUUAUGUUUUGGGUGUGGCUUGUCGCGAACUGUUUUGAUGACAAUAACUAUUAUGUCUAUAUUGACAGACAAAUCUAAUGGACAGAGAUUCAAGAGGCAUACAGACGAAACAUAGAAAAGCAUGUUAACAGACUGUUUACAAUUGUACAUCAGGAUUAUGACGUCUAUGACCAUUCUAUUAUGUGGGGAAAAAUGCAGUGCUAUUAACAAGUGCAGUUUAAAAUAGUCAGUUAUGCACAUGGCAACCAUAACAUGUUAUCAUGUAACACAAAUAUGUUCAUAGGCUAAUUAUGGUUUUAGUGUGUGGGUUUUUUGUUCUUGUUUUUUUCUUUUUGUGAAUCAACUCUUAGCACAUAUCUUUGCAUAUCGUCCCUGUUUGUUUGGUUAAUACUAAUUGAGGAGAACUUGAUAUAUCAUUUACUUGAUAUGUUAGUAAAUAACUUUUAUUAGAUGUUCUCUAAGGAAUUGUUGAUAUAUCUUAUACAAAAAUAAAAUGUUUUUCUAUUUUUAUUUAUUUUUACAUUUAGGUUUAGCAAAGCGUGUAGGGGCUCGGCUCCUUCUUGCAUCAACUUCAGAAGUAUAUGGAGGUAAGGAAUGCAUUUUUGUGGAUACGUGAUGUAAUCUAUAGAAUGGAGCCUAUUGUUGCAAAAAAAAGAACCUUUUUUUAUGUACUUUAAAAUUUUAAUAUGAAGUAAUCCAUUGUUUUGUAUUACUGGCUGAGAAGUACCUAUUUUACUUCAGAUCCUGAAGUACAUCCUCAAAAUGAAGACUACUGGGGACACGUCAAUCCCAUUGGUCCCCGAGCCUGCUAUGACGAGGGGAAGAGAGUGGCUGAAACUAUGUGUUAUGCUUAUAUGAAACAGGUUGGUUUUGCAGUUUCAGAAUUUGUAAAAUGUAAUGUUUGGAACAUGCAUCAAUUGUGUGUGUGUGUAUAUGUAUGUAUUUAUACAUAGAGAGAGAGAUAUUAUUAUAUUUAUUUUCUCAAGGGGGGGUUGGCUGCACUCACCUGAACAUGCAUAAAUAUAAUGUAUUUCUCCACCUUCUCAUGUUCCUUCUUCCUGAUGUUGUAGUCACUGGGUAUUGCCACAUCCACCACAACUGCAGUCUUUCGUUCCUUGUCUACCACCACGAUGUCGGGUUGGUUGGCUAGCACUUGCUUGUCUGUAUGGAUAUUGAAGUCCCACAGGAUCUUAGCACUGCCAUUCUUGACUACCCUUUGUGGUAUCUCCCAUCUGUACUUGGGCAAGUCCAAUCCAUAUUCUGUACAGAUGUUUUGGUACACAAUCCCAGCAACUUGGUUGUGACUCUGUGUGUAUGCUGUUCCUGCUAACAUCUUGCAUCUGGCUACUAGGUGCUGGACUGUAUCAGAGGCCUCUUUGCACAGUCUGCACCUUGGGUCUUGACUGGCGUGGUAGACUCCAGCUUCUAUUGAUCUGGUGCUGAAUGCCUGUUCCUGUGCUGCUAGGAUUAGUGCCUCAGUGCUGUCUUUCAGUCCUGCCUUUUCCAACCACUGGUAGGAUUUUGUCAUGUGAGCCACAAUCUGCCCGUGGUACACCCCAUGGAGAGAUUUGUCUUGCCAAGGAACCUCUCUUUCUGCAUCCUCUAUCUGUUGAAGUCUCAGGCAUUCCCUUAACAGUUCAUCUUUGGGAGCCAUCUUCAUGAUGUACUUGUGGAUGCUCUGUGUUUCAUCCAGGACUGUGGCCUUGACGCUCAUCAGGCCCCGACCUCCUUCCUUCUGGCAGGUGUACAGUCUCUGGGAACUGGAUUUCGGUGGAAUCCUCCAUUCAUAGUAAAUAGUUUUCCGUUCUUGACAUCCAUGGUGACCAGUUAUUCUCUUGGCCAGGUUAUUAGUCCAGUACCUGAUGACCAGUAGGGCAUGUGUGUUGAUGGCUUGGAUCUUGUUCUUGCCAUUGAGCUGGGACUUCAGGACCUUUCUGAAUCUUUGGAGGUGCUUGGAUAUUGCUAUCCUCCUUACCUCUUCUUCAUGGUUUCCAUGCGUUUGUAGUACCCCCAGGUACUUGUAGCUGUUCUCUACAUCUUUUAUUUGGCCUUCUGGAACUUAAACUCCUUCUGUCCUGAUCAUCUUCCCUCUUUUUGCUAUAAUUCGCCCGCACUUCUCUAGUGCAAACGACAUUCCGAUGACCUUGCUGUAUAUCCUAGUUAGGUGAAUAAGUGAGUCGAUGUCCUGCUCAUUCUUGGCAUACAGCUUGUCAUCCAUGUAGAGUAGGUGGCUGAUGGUAGCUCCACUCUUAAACCUGUAUCCGUAUCCACUCUUUUUGAUGAUCUGGUUAAGGCCUAUGCAGAACUGCAUUGGGGAUAGCGCAUCACCUUGGUAUAUGCCAUAUUUGAUGUUCACUUGACUUAUUGUCCUGGAAUUAACUUUUAGAGUUGUUUUCCACUUGCCCAUCAAGUUCUUAAUUAAGGCUUUUAUUGUCUUCCUGACCUUGUAGAGAGGCAAGCAUUCCAGUAUCCAUUUGUGUGACAUUGUGUCAUAGGCUUUCUUGUAGUCAAUCCAGGCCGUGCACAGAUUGAUCUGUCUGGUCUUAGAAUCCCUUGUGACUGCUUGGUCUACCAGUAGUUGGUGUUUUGAUCCUCUGGUGGUGUUUCCAAUCCUCUUCUGAGUAUUGCUCAUAUAUUGACUGAUAUGCCCUUGGAUCUUAGAGGCUAUGAUGCCUGACAGGAGUUUCCAUGUUGUAGGGAGGCAGGUUAAAUGUCGGUAGUUGGAUGGUGUUCCCUUGUGAGGGUCCUUCAUGAUCAGUAUUGUUCUGCCUUGUGUUAGCCAGUCAGUGGGAACCUGUUGCUAGUAGCUGGUUCUUUUGUGCUGCUAGGCAUUCAUGCAGCGCUGUUAACUUCUUUAUCCAGUAGUUGUGGAUCAGGUCAGGUCCUGGGACUGACCAACUCUUCAUGUGUGCUGCUUUCUGUUGGAUAUCUUCAACUGUAAUGGUGACAGGUUCCUCUUCUGGCAGCAUGCAGUGGUCUGCUUUCAGGUCCAGUAACCACUGGGCCUCGGUGUUAUGAAAUGCUUCUUUCAAUGCCCGUUUUACCAAAGAACCAUCCAAGGUGUAUGCAUAGCUACAGGGAAAACACACCCACACACACAUAUAUAUAUAUAUGUGUAUGUAUGUAUGUAAAAUAGCAACUGUAUCUUGCACUCAGACUCCAAUUUCCAAGACUGGGUGCACUACCAGGGCUCCAAGUAUCCAAAUGGCUGUAAUAGAAGGCAGCACUCAUGGAUUCUCAUAAAAUAUAACCUUUAAUAAGUCUUGUUAAAAAAGAUCAACGUUUCAGUCCUGCUUGCGGACUUUCGUCAGGAUUGUGAUGAAAGUCCGCAAGUACGACUGAAACGUUGAUCUUUUUAACAAGACUUAUUAAAAGUUUUAUAUUUUAUGGGAAUCCGUGAGUGCUGCCUUCUAUUAUAUAUAUAUAUAUAUAUAUAUAAUUUUAUUUUUUGAAAGCAAUUAGUAGGAUUGUGUUCCAACAUCAUCUCAGUUCUUGCUGUUUUAACACAUCACUCAGGUAAUGUAUUUCUCUCGUGUAAAUUAGGUUGUGCUACACAGAGCCCAAAUGUAUAGUGUAGAUUGCUAAAUUACUUUUGGCAAACUAUUGGUUAUGGGAAUGUGUGUGUUUUGUUUUUUGUUUUGUAAGCAGUAUGGAUGUCUGUGGACUUGGGUGCUGCAAGUCUGAUUUGACCUAUUUUUUUUUGUUAUACAUAAAUGCAUUAAUAUAUAUGAGAAAAAAAACUAGAAAUGUCAAGAUGUAUUUGUUUCCUACCUUUGCUGUGUAACUUCACGGUGUGCACAAAUAUGUGGGUAUUUGCUGGCUUGAGUAAUAAGUGUCUGAUAUAAUGUAGUAUAAAUAGUGUUAUGAUUGUUUUGACAAGCCAUAUUCCUUCUUGAGACUGAUACAAUUAGGAAAGGAAACCUGGUCCCCUCUCAGAACCAAACCAUUAUCUAAUUGCAAAGGAUUUAUGAUAACAAACGUCCACCAGGAAAAUCAAAAUGGACCUCCAAAACAGGAAUGUUUUUUUUUUGUUGUUUUUUUUUGUAUUUCGCAAUAUUAUAAGCAUCUGCCGCAGAUCUUGAAAAAUGUUUAGUAAAUAUGUCCAAAGGACCAUAUUAUCUUUUAUAACAAGUUAUGGUGAGUUGACAUUGAUAAAUUCACAGAAAAUGAAUCUAUAGGAUAGAUUUUGACCCGUAUCCAGAAAGUCUUUCCAUAUUUACGUAUGAGGCAAUAUAUAUAUAUAUAUAUAUAUAUAUAUAUAUAUAUAUAUAUAUAUAUAUAUAUAUAUAUAUAUAUAUAUAUAUAUAUAUAUAUAUAUAUAAUUAUAAUGAUCCCAGAGGUCUUUUAUACUUUAAAGUAGAAAUCUGGUGGUAAAACUGAGCACAUUCUAUUUUUGAUUGACACUUGUCAGUGUGAGUAGUUGGAGAUUGUGAGCAGAAUACAGACUUAUUAAUAUUACUCUUUGUUUUACUUCAGAGGUGGUUUCUAUUCUCUUCUAUUUUUAAGUUCUAAUAAACUGCUAAAAGUAAAAAUUAUAGCUUUGUUAUAGAUCAUUUUAUUUUCGAUAUCAUUGUCUGGAUAAAAAAUUUAUUUUAGAUGUUACAAAAUAUUACUCCCCUUCUGUCACUUACCUCAGUCUAGCGCCGAUGUCCCUCAGCACUGUCCUAUGGUCCUUCUUCAAUCCUCCCCCAACUGUGUCAGCUGGCAGAGGAGACCUAAUUAUUAAAGGACUUUUAUGCCUUUCAGAUUGUCCUGCUUUUGGGGUCCUAUCAUAGGUUAAAUCCUUGUAUUCUGCAUUCUUGGACACCAUAAAUUGCGCUGAGCAAGCGCAACUUUUUAGCCUGCGUGCUGAAGAUUUAGCCCUUUAAUAUGUGAAAGUCGAUACAAUAGGCAGUCAGCCUAGCAUGCAUUUAAUGGCAGGCUAACAUACACAUUUUUGAGCCUAGUUACCCCUUUGGGCAUAGCCAUUGAAGCAAGCUUCACUAUAUGUCCGCUUAGACCUGAGCUCACACCUCAUAAUACUUAAUGUGCUUUUCAAAUAUACAAAUGGUUAUUCUCUACUAAUAAAGCAUUUUGUGAAUAUCAAGAUAAAAGAUUUAUUUUUUUCUUUCUUAAAAAGCCACCAAAGCAAAGCCCAUUGACAUCCCAUGAUAAAAUCAGAAUGAGCAAAAUGUUAAAGAAUAUGCCUGAUUUAUAUAAAAAAAAAAAAAAAAUAGUUUUGACCCUGGUACCUGUAACUACCCAAGCUAAAAUUAUCAAUUUAUUCAAAAGCAAAAAUACUAUUUAUAUUUAAUCUAUCUGUACAAACAAAAUAUUUUUAAAAUGGCAAAAAAAUCUAAAUACAAUGGGGAAAAUAUUUUUGGGUUUAUCUUUCAUUCUCAAACUAGUAGUAAGCUAAAUAUUCAUUAACUUUGGAAUACUGAAAAAGUAAUAGUUUCCCUCUUGCUUGGAGAGUGAUCUUGAAUGCACUGCAAUAACCAUUUGUUUCUCAAAUAACCACGACUAUUGCAGUUUAGUUUUCACAACAUUUAUACAUUUCUUUUGCUACUGUUUUGACUUCUUUGUGACUAACAUUUUGCUUUUGUUUUUUACAUAACUACAUCAUUGUUUGCUCUGCUUGUUGUCAAGGAACUAUAUGACCAAAUGUAUUAACAAACAAUCAAAAACUGUGCUGUUUGCAUUUUCAGUUAAGAAUUGAAAAAUGCUUGCAAGAAGAACAAUAAUAUUAAAAAUAUUAUGUUUAUUUUGGAUUUCUUCCAUGUGUUUGACCUUGUGUUCCUUGAUAUUAACAGGAAGGCGUAGAAGUCAGAGUUGCUCGGAUAUUCAAUACAUUUGGCCCACGCAUGCACAUGAAUGAUGGCAGAGUUGUCAGCAACUUUGUGCUGCAGGCUCUUCAGGGAGAAUCUUUAACUGUAAGUAUAAACUGUAUGUUUAAAUAGUAGCCAAGGUUCUGAGACUGCUUUAAG